AAUUUAUUGUUAAGAGGCAAUAGAAUCGUCAUGCCUGUUACUUUACAAAAGCAAAUUUUAAAUUUGGCACAUGAAUCGCAUCAGGGUAUUGUAAGAACCAAGAAAUUUUUAAGAGAACGUUUCUUUUGGUAUUACAUGGAUGAGCAAAUUGAUUAA